UUCCCAAAAGCAAAAAUAGGGCAAAAGAAAAGCGAAAGAAAUAUUUACCCCCAAACCCUAAAACACCAAUGCUUAUAUCUUGACGUAAACGCCGAAAAGAUACCUCCGUAAGCCAAGAAGUUUCUAGAAACCCUACAAUUUUCUACAAAACUUGGCCCUUUGGGUUAGGUUUGCAAUCUCGCGGCUCUGACUGGUUUUCGAACCUCUACCGUCUUUCCUCUCCGUAAGUCUUUAGAGCGCUUGUGAUCUGAUUGUAUUGGAUUGGAAAAAUGGCUGGAGAAACAGAGACCUUUGCUUUUCAGGCGGAGAUCAACCAGUUGCUGAGUUUGAUCAUCAAUACGUUUUACAGCAAUAAGGAGAUUUUUCUCAGAGAACUUAUCAGCAAUUCUUCUGAUGCCUUGGAUAAAAUUCGAUUCGAGGGACUGACUGAUAAGAGCAAGCUUGACUCUCAGCCGGAACUGUUUAUUCAUAUCAUUCCGGACAAGACCAACAACUCGCUGACCAUCGUCGACAGCGGUAUUGGCAUGACCAAAUCUGAUCUUGUUAACAAUCUUGGUACAAUUGCUCGAUCUGGUACAAAGGAGUUUAUGGAAGCGCUGGCAGCAGGUGCUGAUGUGAGUAUGAUUGGACAGUUUGGUGUGGGGUUUUACUCAGCUUACUUGGUUGCAGAGAAAGUAAUUGUUACUUCCAAGCACAACGAUGAUGAACAAUAUGUAUGGGAGUCCCAGGCUGGUGGAUCUUUCACUGUCACUAGGGAUACUUCUGGUGAGAGUCUGGGCAGGGGCACAAAGAUGACUUUGUACCUUAAGGAGGAUCAGCUUGAAUAUUUGGAGGAGAGGCGUUUAAAGGAUCUGGUUAAGAAGCAUUCUGAGUUCAUCAGCUAUCCCAUAUCUCUCUGGGUUGAGAAAACCACAGAGAAAGAGGUCUCCGAUGAUGAAGAGGAGGAAGAAAAGAAAGAACAGGAGGGAGAGGUUGAAGAAGUAGAGGAGGAGAAGGCUGAUAAAAAGAAAAAGAAGGUGAAAGAAGUCUCUCAUGAGUGGUCUCUGGUUAACAAACAGAAGCCCAUCUGGAUGCGGAAGCCAGAAGACAUAACUAAGGACGAGUAUUCGGCUUUUUACAAGUCACUCACCAAUGACUGGGAAGAACACUUGGCUGUGAAGCAUUUUUCUGUUGAAGGUCAGCUUGAAUUCAAGGCCGUGCUCUUUGUCCCCAAAAGAGCACCCUUUGAUCUCUUUGACACCAGGAAAAAGCUUAACAAUAUUAAGCUCUAUGUAAGAAGGGUGUUUAUCAUGGACAACUGUGAAGAGCUCAUUCCAGAGUAUCUAGGAUUUGUGAAGGGAGUUGUAGACUCUGAGGAUCUUCCCCUCAACAUAUCCCGUGAGACUCUACAGCAGAACAAAAUUUUGAAGGUCAUCAGGAAGAACUUGGUUAAGAAAUGCAUGGAAAUGUUCUCUGAAAUUGCAGAGAACAAGGAAGACUACUCCAAGUUUUAUGAGGCCUUUGCCAAAAACAUUAAGCUGGGUGUGCAUGAAGACAGUCAAAAUCGUGCCAAAUUGGCAGAUCUCCUUAGGUAUCAUUCUACAAAAAGUGGUGAUGAAAUGACUAGCCUAAAGGAUUAUGUCACCCGCAUGAAGGAGGGACAGAAGGACAUAUUCUAUAUUACUGGCGAGAGUAAGAAGGCUGUGGAGAAUUCUCCAUUUUUGGAAAAGCUGAAGAAGAAGGGCUACGAAGUUCUGUACAUGGUGGACGCUAUUGAUGAAUACGCUAUUGGUCAAUUGAAGGAGUAUGAUGGGAAGAAGUUGGUCAGUGCUACUAAAGAGGGGUUAAAGCUGGAGGAGUCUGAGGAUGAGAAGAAAAAAAGGGAGGAUCUGAAAGCUAAAUUUGAGCCACUCUGUAAAUCUGUGAAAGAGAUUUUGGGUGAUAGGGUUGAGAAGGUCAUAGUUUCUGACAGGGUGGUGGAUUCUCCUUGUUGUCUGGUUACAGGUGAAUAUGGGUGGACUGCUAACAUGGAGCGCAUCAUGAAGGCCCAGGCACUUAGAGACAGCAGCAUGGCUGGUUACAUGUCUAGUAAGAAGACCAUGGAGAUCAAUCCUGAGAAUGCCAUCAUGGAGGAGCUUCGCAAGAGAAAUGAAGCGGAUAAAGGGGACAAGUCCGUUAAGGAUUUGGUCAUGUUGCUGUUUGAGACUGCUUUGCUGACCUCUGGAUUCAGUUUGGAUGACCCCAACAUGUUUGGCAGCAGGAUUCACAGGAUGCUCAAGCUGGGUCUUAGCAUUGAUGAUGUUGAGGGGCCUGCACCAGCUGACGUAGAUGAUAUGCCUCCGCUUGAGGACAAUGAUGCCGAGGGUUCCAGAAUGGAGGAGGUCGACUAAUUUGUCUGUUCAACUGACUUUCAGCCCCGCAUAACGUUUAUCUUUCAUUAACCUAGGUCUUCCUAGGGCUUUUGAAGGCGGAUAAAUUUGAAGCCUCUUAGAGUAGAAAGCGAUUUAACUCUCUACUAUUUUCUGUUUUUGUUAGUAUUUCAAAUUAAGUAUAUUUUUCAAACUUUGCUUUAUUGGGGCCUUUUAAGGCGUCAAAAAUAUUUAUUUUUUCUAUCGAAUUACUCAAGUCUCUUUCAACAACCAAGUGCUAUUUUGUUUAAAAAUAUUAAAACUGCCGAUCGACUUCAAAGAUAAGUCUUUGAUGUUUGUUUUCAAUUA